UGUAGCGCUGCUUGAGAACAAUAGCAGCGAACUGCGGAAGGAAAUUAGAGCCGUUUAACCGGGACAAAUACAGCAGGCGGCAAAAGCAAAGCGGUGUUACAGUCAUUUCAGCGUCUUCGUGCUGUAAGUGCGUCGUGCUUUUUUGGCACCGUUGUUUGCAAUUGAUUUAUUUUGCGUCCACCGACAGGACACUCCGUGGGUUACGGCUGAGAGGACAUCUGCACGCAGUACACUGUUUAUCAUCACCGCGACCGAGAAACCGCGGCUGACGGUGUUGUGUUUGAAACCAGAUGGGAUUAACUUCCUGCUGCGAUAUGGCGCGUAGGAGCAACACGGAGGGGAACGAGCUGCUGUUUAGCUUAGAGGAGCCCCGCUAAGGAUCACUGUUACCUCAGUGAGACACAGACUAGUUCUGAAGCACACCGAGGGACCAGUGAGGGAUGAGCUACGGGCGCUCGGCUAACAAAUACCGGAUUCUAACAGCACUAAUUUCAAAAUAAAAGCCGUCGUUUAUAAACAGACCUGCGUGAGAAACAGCUGAACGGACACGCAUUAAAAAAAACUGAGAGGACGUACAGCAGGUAUCGCGACAUGAGCGACUCCGGGGAUGCAGCGAGUGUUCCCAACUUCUCCUCCCCGAGCAGCGGGGCUGGGCUGGGGAGAGCACUCGCGGGCCGGGUCAGGACUCUGACCUCCCCCCCUCCGCCUGGAAGACUGACGUCCCUCAGAACCCGGGACCUGACGCUGGGGGGAGGCUUCAAAAAGACUAAGAAAACCUUUGAGCCUAACGUCCACGCUGUGAGGAAGAGUAAAGACGAGCUAAAGGAGGAGAUCCACGUGGCUCCGAAAAAGGAGAGAAGAGAUAGGAAUGAGCGGAGGAGAGAGAGCAGAGGGAGGAGGAAGGAGCGGCCUCAGACCAUCCAGUCCCACUCCAUCUUUGAACAGGGUCCUGCUGACAGCGUGCGCAAAACAGGCUGGCAUGGUGCUACACACCUGCAGGAGUCUGCCACCUCUCCUGUCUGCAAACUGCUCAAGAAAGAGAGGAAAGAGUCAAAGGAGGAAGAUGAAGAUGAGAUACUCAGUAAACUUCAGCGAGAUGAUUUCAUCGAUGAUCCGGGUCUGAGGAAUGAUGCAAAGCUGAAGCCCAUCCAGCUGCCUCUGUGUCAGUCCAGCAGUCACACUCUGACUUCCACGACACGUCCAGAGAGGCCCACUGUGUUCAGACCUCAGUCCUGUGCAGGGACCAGCAGGACCGAGCGGCCUAAAUCAGAGCAGCCGUCGCUGGUAGAUCUGCUGCAGGAUCUCAGCCUGUCCGGCAGGGAGGAGCUCUUCUUCAUGCAGCUGCCCGACUGCAUGCCAGGCAGAGCGUCUGGAGCGAAGGUCGACCUGGCUCCUGGGCCUGCAGCAGAGACGCCUGCAGCAAAGGAGGGCAAGCAUGAAGUGAAGAGGACUCCACAUCUUCAAGCAAAAAGUGCAGUGAAAGAGGGCUGUCCUGUGCUCUCACAGUUCCCAGAAGGAUUUCUGGGUAAGCUGCAGAUCAGGAAGUCAGGAAAGGUGGAGCUGAAGCUGGGUGACAUCAUCAUGGAUGUCUCAGAGGGAGCUGCAUUCUCCUUCCUGCAGCAACUGGUGUCUGUGCGUCUGUGUGAUGGGCGGACUGGAGAUAUGAUGGUGCUGGGAAACGUCCAUCACAAACUGGUUUUAUCUCCGGACUUCCAGGCUUUACUGGGCCAAGCUGCAUCACAGCAGCCUCCGGGCCCCUGAGGGUCUCCCUGCAGGUGACCCGUACACACUGUAGGAGGAGAAAGUGCAGUAAAUGUGUUGGAAAGAACAGUCUGAGGGUACACUGCUGAGAGAGUCACCAUCAAGGUAACAUGCAUCUGUGUUUAAAUCCUGUGAAGUCUUUGAAAUGAAUCUUUUUAAAACACAGACGUUUCCCUCUCUGGGAUGAAGAUAUCAGCACAGUAAAAUGGACCAUGACCCAUCAGCCUGCUGACCACAAGGACCAUCAUAGUGUGUCACUAACACAGGCUGACACAAGGCCUGAUACAGCAGUACAGUGUCUGUAUACUGAGCUGUAGUAAAAAUGUCACCACAGGGUUUUUUCCCAUUUAAAGAAAUAAUUGUCAGAAGUGUUUCAUUGGUAUUAAAGUGAUGCAGAUGUGAGGCUGGGCGCUGGUUCCAAACGUGCACAAUCUACAGUUAGCACCAAAUCACAGCAGUCGCCUCAAGGUGCUUUAUAUUGUAAGGUAGACCCUACAGUCACCUGUUACCAUGUACGAUGUGAAACAUUACAGAACGCAGUCGUCCUAAACAGUGUGGCACAGCAGCUUCUGCAAUGACCCAGGAUGUGUGAGACUCCUCCCACCAGAGGAUGGCUGUGGGUUUCUCUCUCAGACACAUGGCUGUGUCUUAAUGGGGACCAGUGCCUGCUGAGUGGUUGGAUUCAACAAGUACCUAACCACCAGAUGACACCACCUGGCCCUCUCUCCUCCACCACCCAACAAACAGCCUGUUACUGAGUGUUGCUUUGAGUGUCUCUGACUGAACAGCUGGUAUAUUAGUAUCAGCUGAUUUGUGUCUGGUGCUAGAACAUUAACCUUUAUAAAUGAGGUCAUUUGUAACUUGUCCACUGUACAUAUGUAUGUGUAGUCCACUGCAGCAGCCUGGUAGGAGCGAGAAGCCUUUCUGUUGAACCCAGGUCUCUCCUGUCUGUCAAAGUAAAACUUUAUAUAAGCAAA